GUGGUGUUGGUGAGCUGGGGACCACUUAGACACGUUUGAUCAUCACUGGGUGGAUAUCAAUAUAAAAGCCUUAUCUAGUUUACCGUAUUGUCGAGGAGUUGAACGAAAGGAUUUGUGACUCGGAUAAACAAGGAAUGACGCAGAUAAACAAGGAAUGACGCAGAUAAACAAGGAAUGACGCAGAUAAACAAGGAAUGACGCAGAUAAACAAUAAAAUGGCACAAGAGAUAAAGUGUUAAGAAGACAGCAUCAAGAACGUCACUCAUGUUAUCCUUCCUGGUGGUGGCGGUCCUGCCUGUUGUGUGGUGCUCCCUCCUGCCUCACUCCUACUCCAGCCCUCUACAUGUAGGGGGCCCCUCACCUGCCCUCCACACAGGGGGCCCCUCACCUGCCCUCCACACAGGGGGCCCCUCACCUGCCCUCCUCACAGGACAGGAGGGUGUCAGGUCUCCGGGUGUAAAACAAGACACAAGUGGCUUAUCAGAUCACGACCAACAUGUUGAGGACUCUGGACGGAGGACGGCGGAGACUCACUUAGGAUCCUCACAGGAGACCCACACCAGCCAUGACGUCAUCUACGGACGCUCUCAAGGUGAUGAUGACGUCAUCCAGCAAAGUUCUCCCUCUCACGACGUCAGUCACGAACGUCAACAAAUCGAUGGCUUCCUCGGAGGCGGCGUCUUUCGCCCCGUCAUCUCAGCUCUAACUGGAACUUUGAGGAACUUGUGGUUGAAAAGUUCCUCAGACGACGCCACCAAUACUCCCGUAGAACUUGUGGAGUUGGAAGCUUCAAGAGUUGAAGAUAAGGCGUCCAUCUUACCUGAGAGACCAACAGAUAACAGAGAUAAUGUUGAUGACGGCGGAGAUAAAAUAAACAACAUCAUUGGAGGAACAGCUGAUGGGAGAAGCCGUCAAGAUGUAAACAAACUGUACAAAGGUUCACAAAGUUUGACCCAGAGUGAACCACAAGCUUCGAGCACCACCAUCCUCACACGUGUUCGUCGACAAGAUGGUGGUGAUGGUGAUAGUGGGGAUGAUGGUGGUGGUGAUGGUGGUGAUGGUGAUAGUGGGGAUGAUGGUGGUGGUGAUGGUGAUUAUUAUGUUGAUGAAUAUUACGAAAGUGACUUCGAAGGUGAUGGUGCUUAUGAUUACGAAGAUUAUGAUAGUGAAGAUGAUCCUGGUGAUGGUGAAGGUGAUAGUGACGUUGUUGGUGGUGAAGAUGACUACUAUAUUGACGAUGACUACUAUUAUGGGGGUGAAGAUGAUUAUAGUGAAGAUGGAGUUAAUCUGGAAGAAAGUGAAAACACUGGAAUCGUCACUGAAGAUAAUGACGAAUAUUAUGACAACGAAAAUGACUCUGAUUAUGAAACAAGCGGUCAGGAUGCUGGUGAAAGUGUGGAUGACGUGUAUGAUUAUGAGGGUGAUGGUGAAUAUGACGACACAGGUGAUGAUGAAUAUGACGACACAGGUGAUGGUGAAUAUGACGACACAGGUGAUGGUGAAUAUGACGACACAGGUGAUGGUGAAUAUGACGACACAGGUGAUGGUGGUGGAACAGAUGAAUAUGAUGAAGGUGUGGAUGAGGGAACUGAGAAUGAUUAUGGAACAGACGAUUACAAUUAUUAUGAAAAUGAAGAAGGAACGGAAAAUGAUUAUGGAACAGAUUAUUAUUACGAUUAUGAAAAUGAGGGGAACACUAAUGAAAAUGAUGUCAAUGUGAAUGAUGCUGAUGGAGAAAAUGACGUGACUGUGGGCGAUAAUGGUGGUGAAGAUGACGAGGUUGUGGACGAUGGGAAUGAGGGGAAUAUUGUGAGUGAACAAGACGGUGGGGAUGGUGGAACGGGCGAUUAUGAAUAUGAAUAUUAUAAUGAAUACAAUGAUGUGAACGAUGGAGAAGGAGGAGUAGAAGGAGAAGGAGUAGAAGGAGGAAUAGAAGGAGAAGGAGAAGGAGUAGAAGGAGGAAUAGAAGGAGAAGGAGUAGAAGGAGAAGGAGUAGAAGGAGGAGUAGAAGAAGGAGAAGGAGAAACCAGCCAACAGGAUGGUGGAGGUGGGGCAACUAAUACUACCGUGGAUGGAGAUAUCGGUAAUGGAACAGAGACGAUUGAUGAAGGUGGAACAGGUACAGAUACCGUCACCGGAACAGAUACAGGUGCCGGAACAGGGACAGAUACAGGGACAGCUACAGGUGGGACGAGCUCUGGUGACGGUACUAACGACCAAAACACACAAGACACAAAUUCAGAAUCGUCACCCUCAACCAUCCCUACUUCCUCCAUCACCACCAUCACCACCCCCACUCCCUCCAUCACCAUCACCCCCACUUCCUCCUCCACCACCAUCACCAACCCUUCCUCCACCACCAUCACCAACCCUUCCUCCUCCACCAUCACCACCCCCUCCUCCACCACCAUAGUCACUGCUGCUGUGGGUUCCUCCAUCACCUCAACGACCAGCACCAAUAACGUCGUUACUAGUUUGGAUAAUAACAACAUCAACAGUAAAGGUAUUGUGAAUGUGCCUCUGACCUUACCCCCAGGCUUCUCCACUCAACCCCCGCCCGCCAUCUUGAGUGUGAGCGGUGCAGGACUUCAGGUGGGUGGAGCGCCCCCUGGUGUUGACGUCAUCACAGGUUCCAAUGGAGAGAUCGUUAUACAGAUCCCGCCAGGUGUCACUUGGCAGAGCGUGAAGGACACCAUCUCGGACCCUGAAGCCAAGAAGAUGUGGCGUAGCAUCUUCAAAGCGGUGAAGCGUCUGCGUCAACAAGACUCUUCUGACCCCAACGUCUCUCCUGUGAACCCUUUAUUACCCUCAGACGUGACCUUGACCUCAACACUAAAUGCCAUCAGCGGGAUGAACAUGGAGGAGCUACAGAGUACUCGGAGGCGCCUCAGACAGCUGCUGACACAAGUCCGCAUGAGUCAGGAGAACAUGAUGCUGAAGGUGUCAGGAGGGCUGACGUCUGCCCCAGCAGGAGUGAUGUUGGUCACAGCCACAGACGGCACUCAGCUCGUCACUAUCCCCAACACACUCAGGUGGAACCACGUCAAGAACUCCUUCGCCAGCCCUCAAGAGCAGAACAUGUGGAAGCAAUUAUUUGAGAGUCGUGAUGCCAACAAGAGGCUGAUGCAGGGCAACUUGUCAGAGAUCAGGCAGAGCAUCUGGGCCGUGACUGACAAGAUCUCACAAACAUCACUGGCAGAGAGAGGACUCGAGUCAGGGAGUAAAGGAAGCAACAAGAGAAGAAGGAACAAUAACAGAAGGGUUACAUCAGGUGGUAAUAAGAAGAGAAGAAAAAAUAAGACAAAAAAGAAUACAAAUAAGACUAAGAAAAGAAGGAAGAAUAAGAAGAAGAAAAAGAAUAACAAGCGGCAGAAGAAUAAGAAGGUAAAGAAGCGAAAGAUAUUAUUCCCUAAAAAGAACAAGAAUGGGAAGAAAAAGAAAACCCCAAAUAACGCGAGAAACAAGAAAAACAAACAAUCUCAGAAACGUAAGAACAAACGGAACAAACGAAGAAGGAAAAAGAAGAAAUUGAAUAAAUCCAAGAAGAAUAAAAGAAGAAAUAGAGGAAACAACAAUAAAGAUAAAGACAGAAACUCCAAUAAUCGUCAUGUGUUGUUUCCCAAAGAGACGAAGAAUGGGAAUAAGAUAAAGAACGAUAACUUAGCAACUACAGAUAAACGUAUGAAUCAGAAGAAUAUAUUGAUAAAUAAUAAGAAAGAUAAAAACAAAGAGAAUAAAGAAGCUAACAAGAACAUAAAGAAGAUUGAAAAGAUUAAGAAGAAGGAAAAUGGAAAGAGCAUAAUAAUUGGAAAUAAGAACAAGAAUAACAAGAACAAAAUAAACAAUAAUAAUAAGAACAAAAAAAAAUUUAACAUAACAAAAAUGAAGAACAAAGGAGAACCUGAGAUGAUAAACACCAAAAAACAAAUGACUAAGAAGAUAAAGAAGGAUACUAAACAGACGAAGAAAGAUGGGAAUAAGAAAACAAUGAAUAACACAAACCAAAUGAAAAAUAUACAGCAAAGGAAACUAUCAGACAAAAGAGAGAAAAGGAAAUUGAAGAGAAAAUCCCAAAAACAAAAGAAGAAGAAGAAGAAG